GUUCGGCAAUUUUGUUUUCCGUCCGCCACCCCCCCUAACUUCAUCCCCACUCGUAAAAGAGAAAGAGUUAUGUUUGGAUUACCAUCCCUUUCAGAUGAUCUCAUCGCCGAGGUUUUUUCCUUCCUUCCCGUCAAAUCUCUUGUUCGAUUCAAGUGUGUCAAUAAGUAUUGGAAAACCCGAAUUUCCGAUAACACCUUCGUCAAAUUACACCUCAACAGAUCAGCAACUCGGAAUCCUCUUUUUACACUAGUCACAAGUCACAUCACAAAUGAUUGCACUGAUUUUGACGGUGGAUAUGGGAUGGAUUGCAGUGUCAUUCCUUACUCGUUUAAUCGUUUAAUUCAGAAUUCAUCUUUCACUCUUUCCGUGGAUCCUUACUAUCAUUUGAGCUAUCAAGGAUGUUCUUCUAUAGUUGGUAACUGCAAUGGUUUGAUUCUUUUGGCUGGCGGUGAUGAUUGUCAAGUUGUGAAUUUUUGUUUAUGGAAUCCAGCCACAAGGGUAACAUCUCAAAAUUUUGGAGAUUUCUGCCGUAGCCCUAGAGGCCACCCUUUUCCAGACGACCUUGACCUUUACAGUUUCACCUUCGGUUGUGAUAUUUCUACCGGCACUUAUAAGAUUGUGGCGUCCUAUUACAAUCUAGAUGGACAACAUACAAGCCGAAUUCUAAGUAUAGGUGAUAAUGUUUGGAGACAGAUUCAAAGUUUCCCCGUUGUUCCUCUUCAUUUCUACUUAGGUGGAAAAGCUGUGCAUGAUUCUGUGUAUUUGAGUGGAACUCUUAAUUGGUUGGCUAUUCGCAAUGAAUUUGACUAUGAUAUUAAAAAUCUUAGAGUUGAGCAGUUUGUUAUUGUUUCAUUCGAUUUGGGGACUGAGACAUUUAGUCAGUACCGACUGCCUAGUGAUUUUGAUGAAAUGCCACCUAUGAUGCCAAUUGUUAGUGUGUUGGGGGGCUUCCUUUGUUGUUCUUAUUUUUACAAGGAAACCGAUUUUCUUAUAUGGCAGAUGAAGGAAUUAGGGGUUGAAGACUCUUGGACUCAAUUUCUAAAAAUCAAUCUACAAAAUCUUCCAAGAAAUUAUGACUACUUUAGUGAUGAAGACUCUAGUGAUGACGAGAUCAAAUAUCAAUUUGAAUUGGUACCGAUGCUUCUUUAUGAGGAUGACGAUACACUGGUACUUAGGAGCAGUCAAGGAUCAGAAGCAAUUCUCUAUAAUUGGAGAGAAAAUAGAGCAGAGCGAACAAAAUUGACUACAAGUAGUACUAUUAUCAAUGAUAAUGGAACAAGUAAUUCUAUACUGUGGUACUCGGCCAAGGUUUACGUUGAAAGCUUAGUUUCAAUUUUUUGA